AUGGCCAAGAUCAACUCAGAUCUCGCCUCCUCACGGCGGAAGUCGCGCAAGGCACACUUCAGUGCCCCGUCUAGUGAACGACGAGUCAUCAUGAGCGCACCAUUAAGCAAGGAACUGCGAGAGAAGCACAAUGUCCGCUCGAUACCCAUCCGCAAAGAUGACGAAGUCACCAUCAUUCGGGGCUCCAACAAGGGCCGCGAGGGCAAAAUCACAAGCGUCUACCGCCUCAAAUACGUCGUGCAUGUCGAGCGUGUCACCCGUGACAAGUCCAAUGGCCAGAGCGUCCCAAUUGGCAUCCACCCUUCCAAAGUUGUCAUCACCAAGCUGAAGAUCGACAAAGACCGCGAGAGCAUCCUGGAGCGAAUGGGUAAGGGACGGGAAGCCAAAGCUGCAAAGCGAAAUUAA